GACACGGAUUAGCUUCGGCUGUUUUUGUCUGCGUCAACCCGGAGCUUCGUGUCCGCUGUGAAUCAGAUGUCCCAUGUAAGCCCUUCACGAUGAGAGGAGAACGUGAGGCAGUUUUUCUGAGGUGACGGACACUUCCCUCUGACAGUCACCCAAUGGAAGCUCCAGUCACAGUCAGCCCUCCCCCCUCCUCCUCCACCCUGCUGCCCCCGGUUCCCCUCCGUCCGGCCGUGGCCCCGUCGGUGCAGCUCGGCUUCACCAUCCUCUACACCACUCUGUACGCCGCGCUCUUCCUGGUGGUGUACGUGCAGCUAUGGCUGCGCCACCUCUACAGACACAAGAGAUGGAGCUACCAGAGCGUCUUCCUGUUCCUCUGCCUGCUGUGGGCCGCCCUCCGCACCACCUUGUUCUCCUUUUACUUCGUCAAUGCCCUGGAGGCCAACCACCUUCCCGUCGUGGCCUACUGGCUGCUCUACUGCUUCCCCGUCUGUCUGCAGUUCUUCACCCUCAGCCUUAUCAACCUGUAUUUUACUCAGGUGCUGCUCAAAGUGAGAGAGAGUUGCAGCUCGACAGGGGGCAGAAAACUGUUGCUGGCAAAGUGCGUGUACGGAACUUUAAACGUUAUCUUCCUCUCUGUCAACGUGGUCUGUGCGGCUCUCGGGUACCGAGGCCGAGGCGGCUCGGGGGCGUGGACCUGGAACCUGGUUCUGGUUCGAGUCAUACUCAACGACUCGCUCUUCAUCCUGGAUGCGGUGCUACUGGCUGCUCUGCUGCUGCUCCUCACCAAACACUCGCACUCCACCAGCCCCUACCUGGGGACCACCGUGUGCCGCACAGCAGCACUGGGAGCAGCGGUGAUCUUGUUGUUCACCAGUCGAGCCUGCUACAACCUAACAGUCCUGCUCCUGUCGCAGAACUACCAGGUGGAGUCAUUCAACUUUGACUGGUACAACGUCUCUGACCAGGCGGAUCUGCACAGUGAGCUGGGCGACAGCGGCUACCUGGUGUUUGGUGCCAUCCUCUUCCUGUGGGAACUGCUCCCAACCAGCCUGCUCAUCCUCAUCUUCAGGGUUCGCCAGCCCACCCAGGAGACCAGCAGCAGGGUCAUCAACAACAGGGUCCUACCUCGUCCGUAUUUCUUUGAUGACCCUCAAGGCAGCGAUGACGAUUCGCCAGUUCCAUGGGCACGAAGUGCACAUCCACAGUCUAGCUGGUACGGAGCAGAGAGCGCUCCUCUCCUGUUUGCCAGCGAGGCUCCAGCCCUGAACCACCAGCACCACUCGUUCUACUCCACCCCCCAGAACUGAUCCCGACCCCUGACCACGAUCCAGGUGGUGGUGUUCAUCGCAUGGACAAAAUAAACACACACACACACACACAGAGAUACCAGCCAGCAGCAACUCCCUCUGUGUGCAGUGUUUUUGCACAGAAAACCUCAGGAAAUCUACACCAGUGAAAAUGCACCUUGUAGUUUUUUGAACGGAGAAAAAUGAACACUCUCUUUUUGUUCUAAGGGAAUGAGCUCGUAGGGUAAAGGCCAAAUAUUGCUCCAAGUGAGCGUUUUUAUGAAAGUUGAGCUGAGGUUUAGCCACAAGUUGUUCUUUUGAAAUGGGAAGUAAUUGUUCCAGUGUUGAAAAUGACCAGCCAAAUUUGCUCUGGAGAUUCCUAUAAUGUCAAAUUUAGCUUCAUUAGCAUUCCUUAAUAAAUUGCUACAUGUAACUUAAUGUAGUUUAUAAGCUCGCAGCACAACAGACACUGAUGAGACGACUCUGCAGUUUUCUGAAGGUUAAUUGAAGGUAGCUUUUCUCUUACACUGUUUCAAGUGUACUGGAAACAGAUACAAAACAAGAAUCACUUAGCAUUUUAUGUUUACAGCAAAAUAGUUUUUCUUAAUAUAUCAACAUCAGGUCAGCAGUGCUGCAGCUUUUUCUUUCCCUUGUAAAUUAACUUCAUGUUUGCUGUUCACUUUUGUAAAGAGUUUUUCUCAUUUGAAAUUUUGAAAAGCGAUUUUGAUUCUUAUCCCUGUCUUGUAUAAUUGUGUUGUAAUGAAAGUUUAACUUAUUUUGUAACCACUACCUUUUUAAUUGUAUUUGAGAAUUAAAUGUUAUUCUCCUUUAUUUGUUCACAAGAACGAUGCUUCCUCACAGCGAGUCAGUGACCAGCGGCUUUGACCCCCACAUGAUUGGCUUUUACUAUGUGACCAACAAACAAAUAAAAGUAAACUUGGUCACUCUAUUGUGAAGCAGAACAUGUUUACAGGAAAAGCUGUUUGUGUUAUUACAUGAUUUAGUCCAUUAACGAAACAAAUGCCACUUAUGUGAGCCUAAUAGACCCAAUCUGCCAGUUUUCCAUUAAUAAGCACACCGAUAAGGACACAUACAUGAUCUUAUACUUGCUUUGUGACAAGUAAUACAAACCAUUGCUUUUAUGUUAACAGUUGUAUGACUUAAGGUGCAGAUUUUUCUAAUCAAUUUAUUUAAUGCAUUCCUGGUCAAGCUUUAUUCUAAAGGCAUUAUUUUAGUUUAGUUUCAAAUUAAAUAAUCUUAAAAUAUUUCAUCCACGUUUGCAGGACAGAUCGCGGAAAUUUUGUGCUAAAUAAGUAGAGAAUAUAGAAAUAAUACAUUUGGUAAACAAGUCGGAUCCAGUUUGGAAGGUUGGACUUGUUUAGGAUCUGAAGUUAAGUGACGUCUGUUGCUUCUUUAAAAUCUCCUAUUAAAACCUCUUUGCUUUCUGAAA